AUGAGCAAAUUCAAAAAUGGCCUUUCUGUUGACCGCGACGUAGACGACCCAAUGCGUCGUCCGCGUCCGGUCUCUCAGGAAGGUUACUACUACCCUCCUGAACACGUCGACUCGCAAGGUAGUCGAUACCAGCUACAAGCUAUGCGUCAGUAUGGCUCUUCUGCAUCGCUAGAAGUACGAAAAGAAUAUAACAAAGAGCAACGAGAACGCGAUUUCUUCCCAUCUCAAUCUCCCCCACAACAAUACAACGGAUCUAGCAUCCCUCCUGGGCAUGAGAGUUUUGUCGGUUCACGCGCACCCUCUGUAUUUUCGGAAUACGAUGUGUCCGACUAUUAUUAUUCUACGAGGAAUUCGACUUUCCCAACUUCAACAAUGCCGACUUCCGAGACGUCAUACGACCAACGGCAAAUGCCUCCUGCAAAUCCCGCAAGUCAAUACCAAUACGAAUCGCAAUAUUAUCCCACUUCGCCUAAUUCUAACCUCAAUUAUCGCUUACAAUCUCAAACAGCCUCUUCUCUAUCUCCGAGUGCUCUGCCUAUAGAUAACAUGGGACCUAUACCUGUAAGAAGCAGUUCCAGACAGGGUCGUGAUACGGGAAACGAGAAAACAUCGCCAAUGCGUAAUAAUAAUCAGGAAUCAUUGACAGAUCCAUUCGUGAUAAUACCCAAAGUAUUUGAAGCACCGAGAUCUGCCCCUCUACCUCCCGGAAAGCAAAUGCAACAGCAAGGACAACAAGGAUAUAUGAAGCAAGACUACCAAUAUGCGCAGCCACCAGGCCCUUCACAAUCUCAAAGAUCGCCCAAUAUGCAGCAGCAAACCCGACAAAUCCCACAAAAUUCUCCACAGGCUCAACUACCCCCGAAUUUACAGCAAACCCGACAAAUCCCACAAAAUUCUCUACAGGCUCAACAGCCACCCAGCUUACAAUCAACACGGCAAAUUCCUUCACAGACUCAGCAACCAACUAGCUUACAAUCAACACGGCAAAUUCCUUCACAGACUCAGCAGCCACCCAGAUUACAAUCAACACGGCAAAUUCCUUCACAGACUCAACAGCCACCCAGCUUACAAUCAACACGGCAAAUUCCUUCACAGACUCAGCAGCCACCCAGCUUACAAUCAACACGGCAAAUUCCUUCAGAUGCUCAACCGCAAAUGCCACCACAAUCUUCAUCCGCUUACGACUCGGAACCCUAUAUCCAACCGCCUCCUCAGACUCGCCCGGCAGAAACAACACGAAAAUUUGACCCUCACUCAAUUGCAGAGCCACUCUCCAUAGACGAUUACGUUCAACAGGCCAUAAAGUUGCAUGAGAGCAAUCAGUUGGAGCAGUCUACACAAUAUUUGAAAAUUGCCGCAGAGGAAGGUUCCCCUAUUGGUAUGACCUUGUAUGGUCUUGCACUUAGACAUGGAUGGGUGAGUGUGAAAAUGGUGACGGGGAAAGGGAUCGCGGAAUUGGGAUGUCAAAUAAAUCCACGUCUAGCCUUCAAAUACCUACAAAAGGCCGCUUCAUCUGCCGUCGACGAUAUUAACAUGUUGAAUUCAGUCAAUUUAUCUGCCACCAAGGGUGAAUUGGUUUUAGCGAUUUAUGAGUUAGGAGUUUGCUUCCGACAUGGAUGGGGUGUACCAAAAGACAAGGUGCACGCUGCACAUUAUUUUGAAAUGGCGGCGAAGUUGGGCGAUCCAGAUGCACAAAAUGAUAUUGGCAUGUGUUAUUACAAGGGUGAGGGCGUGAAGAAGGAUUUGAAAAUUGCGGCCAAGUAUUACCGCAUGGCACACGCCCAAGGAUAUGGUACAAUGGGCAAUUCAUGGAUAUUCAAAGAAAAAUACAAUGAGGAUGAGUGA